GACGAAUCCCUGGCCUGACAUGAUACAGUCGUCCCUCUCUAAUCCGGCACUUUAUAAUCCAGCACCCUCCCUAAUCCAGCAGAUUUCCGUGGCACAAAUGGCGCCGGAUUAUAGAGGGACCACUGUAGUUGAUAGUUACUGUUGAUACCGAUCGAUGCAGAGUUCCUGUCUGCCAAAUAAUUCUGGUUGAGCACUUAGCUGUUCUGCAGUGUAGUAAUGUAGUAAUCUGUAGGGUUUGACUCUGACUGGUGUGAGUUUCGGCCCUGGACAAUGUCCGCUCCCCCAUAUCCCACAGCGCCUCCAGGUGCUGCUGCUGCGGCAGCUUCCGCCGUUCCCUAUCCGACCAGCGGCCCAGGUUAUGCGAGCAGCGCCCCAGCGCAGCCUAGCGCACCCUACGACGCUGCUGACGCCGGACCAGAGCAGUUCAAAUCGCCCAUUCAGAUGUUCAUCUCGUGCAAAAACCUCAUCGACAAAGACAUCCUGUCCAAGUCGGACCCCAUUUGCGUGGUGGACCUGCUGCAGGGAUCCAUUGACGUUAGUGAGGAUUUGUUCCGAGAGAUUGGCCGUACCGAGUGGAUCAAAGACAACCUUAACCCAACAUUCUCACGGUCCGUGACGACUGACUACUUCUUCGAGGCGGUGCAGCACGUGCGGUUUAUGGUCUACGAUGUUGAUGACGAGAAACAGGAUGUACGCCGUGGCGGAGGAGAACUCCUGGGUACCGUCACAACAAAACUCAGCCAGAUUGUGACCAAAAGCCCUCUCGAGCUCAACUUGACCUGUGAUGGGAAAAAAUCUGGGUGUGGCACAAUCAAGAUUACUGCAGAAGAAAUGAACAGUGUUGAUGAUGCGAUGGACAUGACAUGGACGGCAACACGACUAGACAAGAUGGACUUCUUCGGCAAGUCGGAUCCGUUCCUGGAGUUCUCUCGUUCCAAUCCCGAUGGUUCAUUCUCCGUCGCUCAUCGCACAGAGGUGAUCAAGUCUACAUUGAAUCCAUCCUGGAAACCCACGUCUGUUGGAAGUCGCCAGCUUUGCAACUCAGACUACCAGCGCUCGAUACGAAUCAAUUGCCAGGACUGGAACAAAAGUGGCACGGCUGACUUCAUUGGGUCAUGUGACGUCACGGUGGAUCAGCUACGGCAAGCACGGCUACCCCUCGAUCUUGAGUUGGUCAAUGAAGCUAAAGCCAAGAAGAAGAAGAAGAGUUAUCGCAACUCUGGUGUUCUCCACCUUCAGGCAUUAGAGAUCCACCGGAAUCCAACGUUCCUCGACUACAUAUCCAGCGGGUUGGAAUUGAACUUUGUGGUUGGUAUAGACUUUACUGGGUCUAAUGGUGACCGUCGUCAUCCCAAAUCACUGCACUACAACUGUCCAACGGGCAACAUGAACGAAUACCAACGCGCUCUCUGGGCUGUGGGCUCGGUGUGCGAACAGUAUGACACGGAUAAACUGUUUCCAGCGUAUGGUUUUGGUGCCAAGGUUCCACCUCUUAACAAUUUUUCAAACAUCUUUAACCUUAGUAUCGGCUCAGCCAAUCCUGAGUGUCAUGGAGUGUCUGGAAUCCUAGCCGCAUAUCAACAAGCUGUCACACAGGUGCAACUCUGGGGACCGACGAAUGCUGCUCCAAUAGUUUCGGAGGUGGCUGACCUUGCGGAAGAAGAGCAUAAACGGAUCGUCAAGAAGCGUUUGCCGUGCGGGACCUAUCAAAUUCUGCUGCUGCUGACGGACGGCAUUCUGACGGACAUGGACCAGACGGUACUGGCAGUGAUCCGUGCGUCACGCCUACCCAUGAGCAUCAUCAUCGUCGGCGUGGGCAGUGCCGACUUCAGCGACAUGGAGGCUCUAGAUGCCGAUGAUGCGCUAUUGGAAGCAGGCGGUAACAAAGCUAUGCGCGACAUUGUGCAGUUUGUUCCCUUCUCGAAGUUUGCAAGUGAACCACCAGAGAGGUUAGCAAAGGAGGUGCUGGCUGAAGUGCCUACGCAGGUCUUGGAAUACAUGCAGGAAUAUCGGCUGCCGCUCGCUAACCAACAAUGAGCUGGCCAGCGAAAAUAGAUCAAGUACUCGCAUGCCAUGGGUCUCAACUUGGCUCAGCGUGGGUUGCUCGUACUCCAUACUAAUCCAGUGUUGUCUUAGAAGUUAUCUUUUUAGAACUGUUCAUCUCUAGACCAUCGCUCCCUGUGUCCGCUUCAUCCGCACUGAAGCGGCUGUUCCCGUACUGCUAUAUUGGCGCAUGGAACUCCCUUCCUGACAGGCUGCUGUCGCAGCGCCCAGCAACAAGACGUUUUCAGUCAUUCAAAACAAAGGUCUAUCGACACCUGAGAGACAUCAACUGGUACAUACUGGGCAAGAGAUUUGCCUGUAAUUUUUGAGCUCAUUGCUUGCCAGACCCGCUGACCCGCGUACGUGGCCUUGCUCAGAGUGCUCAGCUGUGUUUUGCAUGCAUGGUACAUCAAUCCGAACACUGAUAAUUCACAGCCUCGUCCUUAUCUUGUUUUUAUUAUCAAUAAUGGAACAAGUUAAUGGAUCUGAUUGUUUUAGUGUUUGUACACGCUUGGCUGCUGCUGUGGCACUUUUGCAUUUUCUGUGCUGCUGUGCUGUUCUCGGCUGCACUAGCCGUAAUAACUGUCGUACCCAUAUAUGCACACAUACAAUCCCCGGCUACGCUUAGGAAGUGCUUUCGUUGCCUAUGCUAUGUCGUCAUCUCUCCUCGCUUUGUUUUCUCUGCCAAGGCUCUCAUUUAUCUUUGCUUGCUUGCUUAGGAGCUGCAUCUGCGCCUUGAUCCAAGAGGGUGGUGGCGUUCCUGCGGAUGCGGAAAACUGGGCCUUUGGCCGAGUCUCACGCGAACCGUGAUUUUUUUUUUUUGCUUGUAUAGCUGACGGAACUUACUUAUGCUGGUUGGUAUUCAUGGGUCCGACUCCCCAUGGUGCACGGGCCACGUGUACUCAUCCGGCGGAUAAGUGUGAAUAAUAACAAUAAUUUUAAGUACUCA